AUGGUUCAGAUCAGUGAAGUGAAGGGCAGUUCGCGGGAGAACAGAACAGCGGCACACACUCACAUCAAAGGCCUUGGGUUACGUCCAGAUGGGAGUGCGGAGCCGUCUGCCGAUGGCUUCGUGGGUCAGGCAGCAGCCCGCGAGGCCUGCGGUGUCGUCGUGGAUUUAAUCAAGGCGAAGAAAAUGGCAGGACGUGCAAUUAUGCUUGCAGGUGGUCCGGGGACUGGAAAAACGGCCCUUGCUCUGGCUGUGUCACAGGAACUGGGAACCAAGGUCCCGUUCUGCCCGAUUGUCGGCAGUGAAAUUUACUCUGCUGAGGUCAAGAAGACCGAGGCCCUUAUGGAAAACUUUCGUCGGGCGAUUGGUCUAAGAGUGCGCGAGACGAAAGAGGUAUACGAAGGAGAAGUCACAGAACUCACGCCUGAGGAAACCGAGAACCCCCUUGGCGGCUACGGACGUACCAUCAGCCAUUUGAUUAUCGGAUUGAAGUCGGCCAAAGGAACCAAGAAACUGCGUCUUGACCCUAGCAUUUACGAAGCGAUCCAGAAGGAGCGUGUAACCGUAGGAGAUGUCAUCUAUAUUGAAGCGAACACCGGGGCUUGCAAAAGAGUUGGACGGUCCGAUGCAUAUGCGACUGAGUUCGAUCUCGAAGCGGAAGAAUACGUGCCUGUACCGAAGGGAGAGGUACACAAGAAGAAGGAAAUAGUGCAAGAUGUGACGCUUCAUGACUUGGACAUGGCCAACGCACGGCCACAGGGUGGACAGGAUGUCAUGAGUAUGAUGGGCCAGCUCAUGAAGCCGAAGAAAACAGAAAUCACGGACAAGCUGCGCCAGGAGAUCAACAAAGUGGUCAACCGCUAUAUCGAUCAGGGUGUUGCUGAGCUUGUUCCUGGCGUGCUCUUCAUUGAUGAGGUUCACAUGCUUGACAUCGAAUGCUUCACCUAUCUCAACCGCGCUCUCGAGUCUAGCAUCUCCCCUAUCGUCAUUCUCGCGUCCAACCGGGGUCACACUGUUAUUCGUGGCACAGACGAUGUCACUGCUGCGCAUGGAAUUCCCCCGGAUCUACUUGCGCGUCUCCUCAUUAUCCCAACGCAUCCUUACACCCCUGACGAGAUCAAGACCAUCAUCCGGUUGCGCGCUAAGACGGAAGGCCUUAAUAUCACCGAUCCUGCCCUCGACAAGGUCGCUGAGCAUGGCAGCAAGGUCAGCUUGCGGUAUGCUCUACAACUGCUCACCCCUGCUAGUAUCCUCGCGCGCGUGAAUGGACGACCAGGAGGCAUUGAGGAGGCGGAUGUUGCAGAGUGCGAGGAUCUUUUCAUUGAUGCGAAGAGAAGUGCCGCCAUCGUGAGCCAGGACAGUGAGAAGUUCCUUUCAUGA